AGUAUCGUUAUCGUCGACCUAUCUCUUUCUCUCACCAUUAUAGUUUGUUCGCUGGUUGAUUCUCGAUUGUGUGUGUAAAUGCGCCUGCCGACUGCCGAUGCCGAGUGCCGCGAGGCGGCGACAUUAGUACGACCGUGAAGUUGACGCGAUGAAGUCGAGUAGUGCUAAUGGUGGCGGCCCGGUCGCCGCGAAAUCGAAUAUGAAAUUCGCGAAUGGUGAAAAUUCGUACGUGUUACACAACGGUGGUGAAAAAAUCGUCGAUAAGCCUCCGAUGAAGGCGAGCAACGGUGUAACGAACCCUGCCAAGUGUCCGGCUCCUCAGACCGUCAAUGGGGUGAAAAAUACCCCAGCGAACGAUAUCGAUACGAAGAACGCAACGAUUAAAACUGAUAAGAGGAAGAUUUUUACCAAAGGUAAAACGUAUUGCGCUAGCUGUAAGAAAAAAUGCUCCGGAGAAGUGUUACGAGUUCAAGAUAAAUAUUUCCAUAUUGGAUGCUUCAAAUGUAAAACUUGUAAUAACUCGUUAGCUCAAGGUGGAUUUUUUCAGAAGGACAAUAAUUAUUACUGUAAGGAUGACUAUCAACGUUUGUUCGGUACGAAAUGCGCCGUUUGUCAAGAAUUUGUCGAAGGCGAAGUAGUCUCAGCGCUAGGUAACACGUAUCAUCAAAAAUGCUUCAAAUGUGCUCGGUGUAGGCAACCGUUUCCGGGAGGUGAAAAAGUCACAUAUACUGGUAAAGAAGUGUUAUGCGGUAGAUGUUCACAGAUACCGACCAAAGAUAUAGAUUCUCAUUCGCAAACCAGUCCUACAUCUGUUAACGGCACACUAACAGAUUGCGCCGGAUGCCGCGACGAUUUGAAAGAAGGUCAAGCAUUAAUUGCUCUGGAUCGGCAAUGGCACGUAUGGUGUUUCAAAUGUCAUACAUGUAAUGCUGUUCUACACGGAGAAUACAUGGGAAAAGAUGGCGUGCCAUAUUGUGAGAAAGAUUAUCAAAAGUUGUUUGGAGUCAAAUGCGCGUAUUGUACGAGAUUCAUAUCAGGAAAGGUGUUACAGGCCGGAGAUAAUCAUCAUUUCCAUCCUACUUGCGCUAGAUGUACCAAAUGUGGUGAUCCAUUCGGCGAUGGAGAAGAAAUGUAUUUACAAGGAGGUGCUAUUUGGCAUCCGAAGUGUGGUCCUGGACCGACGGAAAAUGGCACAAUAAUUAACGGAUUAGGUAGUGGAUCGCAUUUAGCACUGAAUGGACACGAAACCGAUAGAGAAUUUGAUCAUCUUAGUAGUUCAGCUGUUAGUGAAACACAGUUUUCGCUUCAUUCUCGCACAUCUAGCUAUAAUGGAUCUCUGUGCAAUAGCCUUUGCAAUAGUCUAAGUCGUAAGCAUUACCCGUUCCGAUCUAGCAGCCCCGGAUUAAUAUUACGAGAAUAUAAUAAACCACGUUACGAAGAUAUCAGCCGAAUUUACACGUAUAGCUAUUUAACGGAAGAACCAUCUUUAGGAUAUUUAAAACGACCAAUUGAACCGUACGAUAAACCUCCAACGUCGCCUCAUUUCCAUCGUCCAACAUCCGCCUCAAGUAUUCGAGGCAGUAGUCGAAGUUCAACUUUGAAAAGCGCUGGAGGUAAAUCGGCGAUGAAAGUAUUAGUCGAAAGUAUAAGAAGCGAAACGCCCAGACCGAAGUCACCCCAUAUGAAUAACGAAGAACCAAUAGAAUUAGCCCAUUUUCCGGCUGCCAAACCACCUCCUCGAGGCGAAAAAGCCAAAAUCGAAAGGGAUGAUUUCCCAGCACCUCCUUAUCCGUAUUCGGAUCCUGAACGUAGAAAAAGAUGGUCUGAUAGUUACAAAGAAGUUUCUAUUUCGGAUGAUGAAGACGAAGUCGAUAGAGUCGAGAGGAAAGAAGAUGGUCAACAUAGAAUCAAGAAAGAAGAAGAAGAGCUGAGUAAAAUCGCCUCCGGUAUCGGCAAAGUAUUUUUACAGAAUUUAAAAGAACGCGAAAAACUCCAAAAGUGGAAACAAUCGCACAUCGAUCCUCGUAACGCUUCUAGAUGCCCUUCUGCGUCCAAAGAACCCGCUUAUCGGUUACGCUACCAGUCACCUAUUAACGCAUCUCCGUCGAGAAAUUUGGAUCAUCCGAGACCUUGGGAAGAAGAAGAUCCGUUCGAACGUAGUUAUAGCUGCAGAGGGUCGUCAGUAGGACGAUCUACCGGAGCCAUUUCCAGCUAUAAUGUUGUGAGCUCGUUACGACACGUACCAAAGCCCGGAUACGGUUUAGCGCCGCAAUAUACAAAUAAAUUAUACGGUUCGGUCGGAGCUACUAAUAUUUCGGGUGAUUUUUCGAUUAGCGGUCUCGGUGAAAAAGCUCGCAGUACCGAUUUCAGCAGCGGAAAGUCCGAUAUUUCUGUUGGUUCCUUAUCGGAAAUGGACCGUGGCGCUAUGAGUGCAGCAGAAAUGGCAGCUACGAAACCACCCCAGUACACGUCCGGAGUGUCGCUGCCGUUUAGUCCGCAUUUACGUAGAUCGCUGCCGAAUAUGUCUGCAUCUGUACAUACGAGUCUGGAGCCACCUAAAAUUUAUCCGUACCAUUUAUUAAUGAUAUCGAAUUACAGACUGCCACCGGGUGUCGACAGGUUGAACUUAGAAAGACACUUGUCGGACGCCGAAUUCGAAACGCUUUUCCAAAUGAGUCGCACAGAUUUUUACCGAUUACCUCAAUGGCGUCGUAACGAAUUGAAAAGACGAGCUCGACUUUUUUAAUUUCUACAAAAACAUUGACAGCUUACGACGUUACUCGAGUCGGUGGAUUUUACGCCAUUUACCUACCUUUUUAUUACAUAUUUUUUUCUGUGACGUAUAUAUGCCGAAGCGUUUUCAUAUGUAUUUUUAAUCGAAUCUAUGAUAAAUUUCCUUUUAACCAAAUAAGCGUGAUAGGCUUUUGUUGUCUAGAAACCAAAAACAAAUUUUACCCUAUGGACGUUACUUGUAUUAUGAUUAUUUUUUUGCUUUAAUUUUUUUUCACCAUUUAUCGCAUUUUUACGUCUUGUAAUUACGACGUAAUUUACGUUACAAUUUUUUUUUUUUUUUGAUAAUUUAUUCGUACACUGUGAACGCAUCUAUUGGAUGGUUUAUUUUUCAUUUGUCUUCGAUAAGUACGUAGUCGGGCUACGUGAACUUUGAAAAAGAAAUCACUUUCCUAUGUCGAGGAAAUAAAAAAAUAAAUACCAAAAUUCUAAUUGUAUUGUCGAUCAAGAUCGUAUAUGUUUUUUUUUUGCCUUUUCUGCCAUCGUAUCGCGCACGAGUAUUUUCUUUUUUUUCUCUCUCUCUCCUAUAAUCAAAGUGCCUUUAUUCGUUAUCACGCCGUUGAAAUAUUGUAUAUUUUUUUUCCUUUUCUAAACACACGAAGUAAUUUUUUUCAGAAUGAAAAAUGUAAGGGAAAAAAAGAAUAUUCUCGUUCGUUCAAUUUUAUGGUUAAUUUCUCUGUAUUUUAAUUUAUUAAAAAAAGCGUUGUUAUUUAGUUUUAAUUUACGUCGUAUUACGUGUACUUUGUAGUAUAUCGAAACAACCCACGAGAAUGAAUACGUUCGAGUCUACUUUGGCCGAAUUUUUUUGAGCUAAAUUUCCAAAUACGAGAUGCUUUCGUUUUAAAUGACUAUUAUAAUUAUUAUAGUAAAACUGGACGUAUGUAAAACAUCGAUGGAUUUGUUUUUUUUUUUUUGGACGAUUUUUCUAUGUUACGAAGUGUAAAGUGAUUGAUCUCUUUCUCUCUAUCUAUCUAAUCUCUCUCUCUCUCUAUCUUGUGUAUUUCUUUUAAUUUUUUUUUCAAAUUUCAAAUUUGGACCAGUCUCUAAGAGAUUUUGCCAACGCAUGGAUUGCGUUUCCGAAAUUUCCUUGGAGGAUAACGAAGUAUCGAUUUGCAUGUCUUGAUAUCAACAACAAAAACAACGUAUUCAAUCGAUGAUAAAUUUUCUAUCGUAUUAUUUUGCUAGUCUUAUUAUUUUUUCUUUUUUUUCUUUCUUGUGCGUAAUGUUUUAAUUUAUUAUCGUUUUUAAUAUACAAUAAGUUAUGUACACAAACACACGCGCCUUUUUAAAAAAAAAUUGCCAAGGAAAGGUAAUAUGCGUCGAAGUGCAAAUACAUGCGAAAGCUUUGAAAAAAAAGACGCGAUAUACGAAGAAGUACAUUACAUACAAAAGCUAAAUAAGGACACGGUAUAUUUCGGUUGUGUAAAAGCAUGGCAGCUUUAUGUAAGUACAUUUUAUUUUAUUGUAUGAUUAUUUUUCUUUCCUCUUUUUUUUUGCUGUUUGAAAAAUGUGUAUUUCAAAAUAAAUAUUUUACUCUUCUA